CAAUCGAGAUUGCAGAUAUUGUAAUUUCCAUAGAUUUUACAGAUCCAACAGCUCUACAAAGUGUAUCCUCAACGAUGUGUCCUACAUUUAGUAAGAUCACAAGGUGUUACAGUGAACUGACAAUUAUGUGUCCCAACCAGGAUUUUGCGAAUGUCACAUCUGUCUUAGAUACUGUUGAACCAUUGAUUGCACAAAUUUGUGGAACCGAUACAGGCAUGCAAGGUGGUUGUCUGCAGAAAUCUUUUGAAUGUAGUAGCAUUUCACAGAAGAUAUUAUCCAUCAAUUUUUCUGAUACGUCAGCUAUACAAAACUUGACGCCCGUGGUUUGCUCUACAAUGACUAACUUGACUACAUGUCAUAAUCAGUUACAACAAGAAUGCCCAAACUUAAUGCCCGCGAACGCUACAUCACCCAUAGAUUCUCUGAGACCAAUGUUUGACCAAAUGUGUGGAGCAGGAGGAUAUUGUCUGGGGUGUGUCACACCGUUUAUGGCUUCUGGCUGUCAAAAUACCUCUCAGGACGAUUAUGAGGGUACAUAUAGAUGUUGCGGUGUUUCCUAUGAGAUGUUUAAUUGUUUUAAAAGAAAUCAAUGCACACAGAUGCCAAUGUUCGGGGAUACCCAGCUCUUUCAAUUUGCUUUAGAGAGGCAGUGUUCUGGAUACCAAGAGUAUUGCCCUGGUCUCAAUGCUUGUUUAAGCUCUUUCGGUACAAACCUGGAUUUAUACACAGUUUGCCCACAAAUGAACAGUUUUAUGACGUGUGUGAAUACAGCGUGUAAAGAUAAACCAAAAGUAGGAGAUCUGACAAUUAUGAAAAUUAUGCCUCUAUAUCAACAAAUAUGCACCGGUUUGAGUGCCUACCCAGCCAUAGGUACCUGUCAGACAUUUGGUACGUGUACACAGAAAGGCGUCUUUGCUUUAAUACCCGAACCAAUAACACUCAAGUCAAUCUCUGCUGUUGGCAAUCCCGAACACUGGAGCAAGUAGGAUAGAAAAUAGUUUCUUGAUCAUUUAGAGGCAUUUAUUAACUGAAUAGAGCAAUAAACUAUGUUGUUUUCAUGCCUUUGA